GCGGGUCUCGCGUGGCAAUUGCUCGCCGCCUCAGGGCCUAACGGAAGCCGCGGCGCUUCUGCCCCUCUGAGUCGACCCGUGAUGGCUGCUCGGCUGCUCCGAAGACUCCCCGCUUUGCAGAUGCUCCCGCGAGCUGCGCAGGCCGCCGCCCGCAGCGGCGCUUGGGUUGGCUCCCGAGCAGCUCACACCGACGACACCGAUAAAGAUGUGGGCUCUUUGACAAGAUACGAUGAAUCGAAUGUUACCAUUGACUGGCAAAAGAAAUUAACUCCUGAGCAGUUUUAUGUCACCAGGGAAAAAGGUACUGAACUGCCUUUUAGUGGAAUCCACCUGACCAACACAGAGCCCGGGAUGUACCACUGCAUAUGCUGCAAUGCCCUGCUGUUCAGCUCAGAAGCAAAGUAUGAUUCCGGCACAGGGUGGCCGUCCUUUACGGAAGCCUAUGGGACACAUGGAACAGAUGAAAGCAAUACUAAUAUCUUAAGACGGCCUGAUAAUUCAUUAGGAACAAGGGGCACAGAAGUCAUUUGCAAACAGUGCGAUGCCCAUCUGGGCCAUGUGUUCAGCGACGGUCCCAAGCCAUCUGGGCAGAGGUUCUGCAUCAACAGUGUUUCGUUAACAUUUAAACCGAGCUGAAGCCAGUGUGGCUUGCAUCUUUGUGCCCUGUGUGUUGAUGGUGCUUUAAUGCUUGGGUCUCUUUUGCUACAGACAGCUACCAGGAAUUGGAUGCCUGUGGCUAAUGUGUCUAUUCUAUGUACAUAGAGUGAAGAUGAUUACUUCAUAUACAUGUGGCCAAUGCCAAUCCAUUGAUGUGAGAUGUGCUGUACUUAGAAUAUUGUUAGAAUAUUUUCCUUUCAUGUAGCCAGCCUGGUCUGGAUCCCUGUGUGCAUUCUUCCUAUACAUGCAGAGCUCUUUCACAUGAAGAUUGGGACAUUAAAUUCAGCACAGACUGUAGAUCUAGGCAUAAAAAGGAAUGUAUGCUUGUCACCCAAAGGUGUUUUUUUUUAGUUGACUCCUUUCCUAGUUGCCAGUAGGUGCAGUAAUCAAUUGCAUGCAAAUGAAUGUUCAAAUUUCCUAAACUUGAAUAAAAGUGCCCUUUGUAUGCAUCUUAAAUACGACAAAUUUUAAAAUAAUUUUUAAAAUGACCACUCGCUGUUAGAGAGAAAGGCCACUUUUUGUGGUUCAUUAGCAACGCAGACCCAUAAAGAUGUCAAAAAUGAACAGGUUUCAAUCCCAAAGCCCCAAUUCAGCUACCAUUGCGGGCAAUGAGUCAAGUGUAAAAACUGGUGGUUCAAAGAGCAUUUCUACACGAGGCUUUAAUUGGUCACUCAUGGAAGUUUGUGGUUCCUUUACAUGACAUCAUCAACCACCAGGUGUCUACCAUGCUUUUUGAGUUUUAUCCUGCUUUUGAAAAGAUCGGAGAUAAGCCAAUACAAAUGGUAAUGUGAGAUAUCGUCAAUGUGUAUUGAGAGUGUUGCAGUAUAAUACAGCCACUACUAGAUGGCACUGUAUAAUGAAAAGUAUAGAACAUUGCUGAGGAAGAAAGUUUUCAAUUCAAAUCAUGUAUCUGCCAUGUAAAGGUGAACAUUGUAGUCCUGCAAAGACACCAGAAGCUGGAAGCUACAUUAAGGAUGUGGGAUUUUGGCCUUGUGUGGUAAAACCCAAAAUGUAGUUGCAUAUCCCCAUCUGCAUAAUGAGCUGGUUCAGUAAAGCUUAGAUGAGCAUCAUGAUGCAGAUGGGAGAUACAAAUGCAGAUGCAUAUCAACAACAUGCACCUAUUUCUCCUGCUGGAUUUGGACACAACUGUUUUAUACAAAAAUUUGUCUAAAAGUUAGAUUCACAUAGAUUGCAGUAGAGCUUUGUCACCUUUAGUUACACGAGCAUUUUAUGAUUAGAAAGAAAUCCGUAGACCCACAAUCCAAUACAAAGCUAUGGAGAGCACAAUUUGGAUUUUCUAGUUUAAGCAUCAAAAUGUAGCACAACGCACCUGUAGCACCUCAGCAAUAAUAAAAGGGCUGCCUUUUAUUGCUGAGGGGGGGCACUUUUAAUUAAUCCCAAGUUCAAAUCCUUGCUCAGCCAUGAAGCGCUCUGUGUGACCAUCAGAUAUUUACCUGAUCUAAGUCAUAAAUAAGGUGGUCGUAGGGAUAAAAGUUGAGAAGAAGGCAACUUUGGAAUGCUCUCUGCUACUUUCAUAAAUUGUAAUAAAAAUGCUCCUUGGAAAAAAAAACAAAUAAAAAAAUCUCAGAGCCCAGAAA